GUUAAUUUUCUUCAUUCUAAUGAACUAUUGUCGUGCUUUUUCUUUUACGUAAUGUGGGAACACGUGUGAAUGUUAACAUAUUGGUUGGAGUUAUGAAGAGAAAUUAUUAUCCAUGGAUAACCGUGGAUACCCGAAAUUCGAACGGGUAUGGAGAUGGUUUUAAUUUUCUAUCUGUUUCACAUGUGGGUAUGGAUAUGGGUAAAACCCGAACUACUUUGGGUAGGGUAACGAAUAUGCACUAUCCGUCCCCGACCCGAUCCAUUGCCAUCCCUACACGCCUGGUAUCAAAUAUCAAUAGCCAGCUGGGCUUGGGCCAAUUCUUUGCUCUGGACUUCAGGAAAACGAAUACAGUCCGGGCCUUUCUCAGCGGGGCCCGAAAGACUUCCCCGUACUAAAAUCAAAUCUCUCUCCCGAAACACGUGCGUCGUGUCGUGUCCCAGCCCCUUUCCCUCCCUCAAUUUCUUCAUCUCCCCCCAACGAAGAGUCGCACACGCAGAUUUUACUCAUCCUAAUCUCAAUCCAGAUCCACAAGAGAAGAAGAAUGGCAUCGCCGGCAGCGAAGAUCGCGUUCCGCAUCGCCGUAGCAGUGAUGGUAAUCACGGUACUGUUCUACGUCGGCCGUCCGCUCUACUGGAAGAUCUCCGCCACCAUCCAAGAGGUCCGCGAGAACAAGCGCACCGUGAAGCAAGGGAUUUCGCAGAUCGUGUACGAGGCGCAGAAAUCGGUGGGGUGGUUCCACGACGAGUCGGAUCCCGGCGGCGUCGUGCGCGAGCAGCGCCGGGCGACUAACCGGAAGCUGCUGCAGUUCGUCGGCCGGGUUGGAUCGUUGUAGAGAGCCGCAGAAACCACGAUUCCUUUCCUCCUGGUGGGGCAUUUCGUUCAUCACUUGUUUGUUUGUUUGUUGUUAUAGAGAAAGGAAAUAAUUCCCGGGAAGGGAGAAGAAGACAUUCUCUCCGGCUAGGAUAGUAAUUUUUGUAAUCCUAUGUAUCGUAGCGCUGCCUGCCUAAGAGUUGGAAGAAGAAGAGGUAAUAAUACAUUUCACUGAGGUUCAAAUCUUCUGUGUAUCGUUCCAAUUUUAUCGGAAGUAUCUGAACAGACUUUCAGAUGAGUUGGAUUAGAAUUAUCAUUUGGUUUUUGCUUUCAAUGAGCAUAGGUCUCUCGAUUGCAAUUCGGCUAUGGUGCUUUGCUUAUGGUGAUUUUCUCACUGCGAAUUUGUUUGUGUUUAUGCUCGAUUCGGCUUGGGAUACUGUUCUAAUAAUGUUCAUUGGUGUUAGAAUGUUCUAGUGCAUUUCACCACGACAGUUGAAUUGUGUUUUCGUGAUUUACCACGGUUAUGUCGAAUUGUCGAUUUCGAAUGGCAUUGUCACUAUGUGCAUUCAUUCAACGACUGAACCUGAGACAACAUCAUCAAUUGUGAAAAGCAAUAUCCAACAGCCAUUAUUUGCAUUAUGAUGGAGGGAUUUGGGAUUAGGACAGUGGUCUGAUUACCCUGCUCGUGCUCGGCUGUGGGAGGUUUCCAACGGAUCUUGUUUUUUUUGUGAUUGGGCCUUUAAUGGGUUUAAGCCAUUCAUGUAGUGGAGGCCCAGCCCUCGGUUCUUUUCUUUUCUUCUGUUCUUUCGCAUAAGGAGACCUCUCCCUUUUUGGGAUUGAUGACCGGUUCUCGUAUGUUUGCAAGAUCUUCUAGCCGUAUGAAAUGGUUGUAUGAUGAUUAAAUUAUAGUUUCAACAUGAGAUAUUCCUUUACUCACUAAUACAACAUUCAGUAUGAUUUUAUGUGAAAGACAUUUGAAUUUGUGAUUGAUAUGUAAAUAUGUUACUUCCGAUGUUUCUACUUACGAACAAUUAUAUUUUACGAAAAGAAGAUUGGUAAAAGUUCCGGAUUGGUUGACUUUUGGGGUGAGGUGUAAAUUGGUGAGUGUUAUGAAAGUAGUUGAAUUUUGGAAUGAAGAGAAAUAAGUUGAGUCAGACUAGACUUGAAAUUAAUAGUUCAAUGCACUAGAAGAAGGAAUUCAGUUGACUCUCCGCCUAAUCAGCUGAUUAUGUGGCUCUCAUGCCUUGUUGCGUCGAUGAUGAUUAAGUCAAUUGAGAAAAUUGUAGAGAGAAAAGUAGAUACAAAGUGAAAUUAUUCAUAUGAGACUUAUCGUUUUUCAAAAUUUCCCCCCUCCAUUCUGGAUUUAUGAAGUAGAUUGUCACCUUUAGUCAAGUCUGAUAAUUUCUCUGAGUAUGAGGUACGAUCUCCACUUGCAAGACUAGGUUGAUCGUCACAUCUCUCAUCUGUUCGACACUUGAUAUCUUAAACAUUACACUUAGUCAGUCCGAUGACGCUUCCUGUUUUAAACGACAUCAGGUGGUUUCAUGACGCUUUGUUAGCAUUUAGCUUAGCUAACGCAAUAGUGAAGUUGAGGGCGAUCAUUUUCACUCACAUAUAGAAGAUUAUUGUAGGGUUCCAACUUCCCAUUUCAACAUUCAGUGAUAUGAUUGAUAUAAUUAAAUGAAUCUUCUCAUGGUCCAUGAUGAUUAAGUGUUGUAGAGCAAGGGUGGACCGUGGACCUAAUGCUACACUAGUAUGAUUCCCCUUCAUGCGCACUAAUCCUUAAUUGCUUCCCCCUUUUGUGAUUAACUUAAUCUUAUAACAAAAUCAAUGAAGACCCUAAUCAUCAAUUUGGAUAUGCGCUCCUAUCCAGCUUCUUCCUUCCCAUUAAGCAUCAUAUGCAAAGUCCACGCGUGAUUAACUUUUAAUUUGGUGGCUCAUUCUUCCUCCUUAAUUCUACAUAACACUUCUCAUAGUCUCCUCUUUAAAUUGUCCACCGCAACUACUUCAUAAUUAAGCCAACUUUCAUGAUAUCAUGUAAGUAGGAACAAGGUAAGGUGACUUGAUUUGUUGCAAUCUCCAUUAUAAAUAAAUUAGAGUUGUUAAAAUCGACUCGAAUUGAACGGUCGGAACGGUAAAAAUUAGACUCAACCACGAAGCCGGCUCUCUUGAACCGGUCAGUCCGUGAACAGUUCGAGCGAUUAAUUGCUCGGAGCGACAGAACCAGACAACUAAUUUGAUGCCGAGAUUUGAGCUCAGACCCUCUUAGUGACAUGCGACAACACAAGCUUUUUACCAACGGUGAUGUCUCUAUUUUGUGUCAACAUGCACAUAAAUUAGAAUAUUCAACGUUUGAAGUGUGGAAUUUAGAAAAUUUUAGCACUCAUCUUUGUUUAUGAGUAAUGUGUUUUUAUCUUAGAUUUAUAGUUUAAUAUGUUAGUUUGUGUAUUCUUUUUUAUAGUAAUCUUAUUUAUGAAUCAUGAUGCACUGGUUCGUUAACAGUUUUAACUGUUUAAUACCGAUUAAACCAAUAAAGUGUGAACUACUCGUUACGCCGAUUGAUACUAUGAUUCGGUUCUAAAAAUAUUGGAGCCAGACAUUGAGAGUCGGUCAAAAAUCGAUUUACAAUAGUCAGGGGCGUAGCCAGGAUUUUGUGGAGGGUGAGUCCAUUUAGAAAAAAUACAUACGAUAAAAUAAUUUUGUUAGCUUUCUAAAUCGUUCAUGAUAUAAUUUUGUAUUUGCAAAAACUUGGUAAAUUAAAUUAUAUGUCAAAACUAACAAGAAUAUAUCACCAUAUAUGUAUAAACAAUUAUUUAUGAUUUAGUUAGACAUUUGCUUUUGAAUCGUGUUCUUCAUCAAGACCGUUUAGUAUCAUUAACUCGAGUUGUUAGGAAAGAUUUAAUAAUGAAUCUAAUACUAUUUAGUAUUUACUAACACUUUCCUGCUUACUACAACCAACUUAUGCGUGCUUAAAGUUUACGUAAAUGUGAAUAUCAUGUGUUUAACAAAUGGGGUUACAAAGAUUCGAACAAAUGAUAUCUCGGUCAACCAUUCUCAAUUAGAAGUGCCCUAAAUUUCAUUCUCAAUUAACUAUUAUACUAAUUUACUCAUUUUCAUCCUUAGGAAACACCUGUUACAAUCUCCCUACCCCUGAUUGAAAUAAAAUUAUUUUUACAAAUUAAUUAUGAUUUGGUGGAAAUUUGUUGUAAAUAUUCAAUACAUAGAUCUUCAAUUUUGGGCGAAUCAUAUACAUCAUUAUCAUUUGUACAUAGCUCGUUAUAAAUACAUUGAAUAUGUCAAC